AUACUGGUAAUGCGUUCAUUGACUCGUCUGGGAGAUGUCAUGGAAUCUGUAUCACAUUUGCCUAAUUUAUUUAAAUUAUGCGCUGAUCCGUCGGCGUGAUAAUGAUGAUGUUGUCGCAGAUGUGAUACUGAUGUGAUGGGCUCUGUCCAAUAUUUAUUUAAUUGCAAUUCGUCUCCAUAUUCGGGGUGACGUGUUUACCGUUCGAUAGUCUUCGAUUGCCGGCCCAUAAAUCCAGGCCAAAAGUAUAAAUAAAACCAAAGCCAGUUGGACGUAUUUUAGUCCGUUCUAGGUCCAGGUCUAAGAACAUGUUGCAGCUGUCAAUGAAUAGAUUGUUGGCCCUGCUGAUCUUCCUGGGCCUUUUCGCCGGCCUUCUCUCAGCGCCUUCCACCUCUCAUGAGACUAAGAGGGAGCAGCUAGUGCGGGUCUACGAGAUCAAUGAGGAGCAGUACGAGCGGGUCCUGCAACUGACCAAGGGCAAGAAUCUUAUUUCGGAGGCUAGGCUGAUCAACGGAGGAUUUGCCACUGUGAGUGAGACCCUGAGCUCCGGCUGGCAUUCCCUCCUACGGAUCGUGGGUCUCACCACUCUCAGCAAGGCCGAUGAGGCGGAGAAGAUCGACUUCGAUGGGCAGCCCCUGUGCGUGAUCAAAACACGGGAAGGCGAACCCAUGGGCAGGGAUGAAGAAGUGGCCUCCGAGCGCAGCCUGGGCAGGGCCAUCGAGUCCGAAGAGAAUGAAUCCGCCAUUCACUGUAUUGUGGUCCUUAAGAAAGACCCCGAACUAGAGCUCCCUAGUCAGUCGCCCAAUCCAAGUUUCGCUGCCUAUUGGAAUCCACCACCAACCACUGAGGAGUCCCCAGUGGUUAAGCAGACCCAGGAAUCGGAAGUCGAAAGAGAGGAUGCAGAGCAGGAAGACAAGGAAGACUCUGAAACCACCACCACCUCUCCUCCAAAAAAGAAGAAGGGCAAUAAGAGUAUCUACCCAACUGAAGAAAGCACGGAAGAUGCCCGCCAAAUACCAGGGGCUUACGCCUUGCCGCAAUAUGGAUCCCCUUAUCCUGGAAGCUUUGGGUCCUAUCCAUAUGGUCCCAGUCCCUACCCGGGCUCUUCUCCCUACAGUCCCCAGCCCUAUGUACCGCCCUAUGGUCAAUCACCGUACGGCCCCUACGGUCCAUAUGGACCUCAGCAACCUUACGUUCCCCAGCAGCCCUACGGUCCACCUCCUCCCCAGCGACCGCCCUACGUUAGUCCGUACUAUCCACAGCAGAUCUACGGAUCUCAACCCUAUCCUGGCGUCUAUCCCUACCUAGACAAGGAUGGACAAAAGGCGGAGGAAAACGAAGAAGAUGACCAGGAUGAAGAAGAAUCCGAGGAGGAUGACGACUACAGGAAACGAUACUAUUAUAAAAAGGCAUAUGUACAGCAACCAUAUUAUUACCAGCAGCAAUAA